AUGUCCCCAGGGGUUCUGGUGGAAGAUCCAGCAAGUUUAGGUGAUAAGGAAUUAAUGAAUCUGGAUGUUUUCGAAGAGGAAGAUGCUGAACUUGAGCUACGGCUGGUAUCGAGUACCCAAUCCAUAGUACAGUCAUCGCUAUCUCAUGAUAUGUCAAGCCCAUUUAUAGCAAAUCCACAAUCCCCUAGUGGAGAGAAAAGCGAUUAUAUAGAGAAUAGAGAAGUUGAUGACAGGAACACCUUCAACGUCUUUAAUUCUUUGAGACAGGAUCCAAAUGGAGGACGUCAUCAGGGUAAUGAACUAGGGAAGCACUCACCCGUAAAACACGAUUCCUUUGUUGACAAUUCACUUGAUGACAGCCAUUUGAACCAAACUCCGAUAAAGUUGAGCUAUCAGAACUUGUCACCAUGGAGACAAUUUCGGCCUCCAAGCAAUUUGAAUGCUUUGCAAAGUUCAUCCACCAUCUUCAACAACAAGCCAGACUUGAAAUAUUCCGCAUUCAAUCCUACAUCAUCAGAAUCCGAAACGAAGACUCACUCAAAAUCUGAAGAACUCAACAACGAACUAUUGCAUUACAAAGUUAAGCUCAAAUUGAUGAGAGAUUUUUUGCGAGAUCUUAUUGACAAGAAAAGUAUCGAUACAAGUGAGAUUCGACUGAUAAUAGCUGAGGUUGAUAUCAAACCUAGUCAACUGCUGCUUGAGAAACAGAUUGAACAAUUUGAAGUCGAAAAGAAGGAAUUACUGGGAAUUAUUGAUGAAUUGUACGCACAACUUGAAGAGUUUGAGCAUUGCAUCCAAGCUCAACGAGAUAAAAUAACCGGUUUGAACAGUGUGUUUCAUAGAUGCCAAGAUUCGAUUGAGGCUUUUACGAUUCAUUUACAGGAAGAUGGGAAGUCAAGACCGUGGAGGGAUAUUCUUGAUCAUCUGCUCACAAAAUCGCUUCCAGAACGAGUGGAAAUUCUUAUUCACAUUGCAAAAGAAGCGAUUACACUAUCCAUAAAUGGAGAAGCAAAGGUGCCAGGCAAGAGAAGUACACCACUUACGCCACCUAUAUCGAAUUACGAGCUGGACAGUAAUGCUAGUUUAGCUAAAGAAGUAGAAGGAUUGAAAAGGGAAAAUCGGAAACUUUUGGAACAAAACAGGGUGAUAACGAGUGAACUAGAUGAUAAAGAUCAAGAAGUUUUAGAUUUACAAAAACAACUUGAAGCCACAACCGAAGCGAAUGUGAAAUUGAGGCAGAAUAUGGAAUUUGAGACAAAGGGAAACGCAGAAAAAGUGAUACAUUUGCAGAAAGUGAUCAAUGGACUUGAGAAUGAUCUAAAAGAAGCAGCAGACCAACGUAUAUCGAAUGAUCAUACAGAAAGGAUAUCGCCAGCACAAUAUGAAUGUUUGUUCACAGAGCAUCAGGAUCUUCAAAAUGCAUAUGCCAACCUACUAGAAGAGUUGAAUCAAUUACGAGAAUCAGCCGCCAAUCAGCUUCCAAUGCAAGAGGAUAAAGCCGAGCAACAUAGCUCUAACCUGGAAACAACAUACCUCAGUGACCAAGGGGCCAAAGUAACUGAACUCAGGGCCGAACUUGACCGAGCUAUGAAGAAGCUAAAACUACACGAUUCAGAUCAAGCGCAAAUGACCUAUAUAAACACACAACUCAAAAAGGAGAACGAGGAACUACAAUCCAAAUUGAAGAAGAUGGCUGAUUUUGUGACCUACACCACCACUGAUGAAAAAGAACGUGUAGUUAAAAAAUUAUCAGUAAUUGAAUUUCAGUUCAAAGAUUUGCUCAAGUUUGACUUGGGUGAGUUUCAAAAAUUGAUACAGUCAUUCAACAAAAUAGCCGAGGAUGAAUCGUUGCUUAAUCCAAUCAAGAGAUAUGAAAGAAUUAAAAAAACUCUUGUGUGCGAUCUUGAUGAAAGUAAUACUCGAAUAUUGAGAGAUAAUCAUAAAUUGGUAUUUGAGUAUUUUGUUCGAGCAACUGAUAUAUUGAUAAAUAACUAUGUGAGAUUAUUGCUACAAGGGGAUGAGACGCAGUCUAAUGAAACUUGGAUGAAGCAAAUAGCAAAGCUUAAAGAACAAAAUGGGUUGCUAAAGAAUGAAUUGGAGCUGCUACAAAGGAAAAUACAGGAGUCUGCUACAACAGAAGCAGAAUCGCCAACGUCACAGUUAAGAUUAAAUGACAUCAGACAGAAAUGGAAGGCAGAAAGGGAAAGGCGAAUUAUGGAAGAUAAAGAGGCACAAAAGAGGUAUAAUGAGUUAAGAAAUGAAAUUUCUAAAACGAGAUCUGCUACAUAA